AUUUAAAACCCUCCACUGCCCCAUUGAUCCCCCUCCGUCAUCUUCCUCUCCAGGACACCAAUCCAAUCCAGCCGCCCGCUCUCUUCCGAUCUCCGAGGUGAGCCAGGCCGGCCAUGGCGUUCAACAAGAUCAAGGUCGCCAACCCCGUCGUCGAGAUGGACGGUGAUGAGAUGACCCGGGUGUUCUGGAAAUCGAUCAAGGACAAGCUUGUGCUUCCGUUCGUCGACUUGGACAUCAAGUACUUUGACCUUGGACUCCCACACCGUGAUACCACUGACGACAAAGUCACGGUGGAGGCUGCGGAGGCCACACUCAAGUACAAUGUGGCUAUCAAGUGUGCAACAAUCACACCUGAUGAAGCAAGGGUUAAGGAGUUCAACUUGAAGGCCAUGUGGAAGAGCCCAAAUGGCACAAUAAGGAACAUUCUUAAUGGCACUGUGUUUAGAGAGCCAAUAAUCUGCAAAAAUAUCCCACGGCUUGUUCCAGGUUGGACGAAGCCCAUUUGCAUUGGAAGGCACGCAUUCGGUGAUCAGUACCGGGCAACUGAUGCAGUUAUCAAGGGACCUGGCAAGCUUAAAUUAGUUUUUGAGGGAAAAGAAGAGCAAGUUGAGCUGGAGGUGUUCAACUUCACUGGUGCCGGAGGUGUUGCCAUAUCCAUGUACAACACUGAUGAGUCGAUCCAUGCCUUUGCUGAGGCUUCUAUGGCCACUGCUUAUGAGAAGAAAUGGCCAUUGUACCUUAGCACCAAGAACACAAUUCUGAAGAAAUAUGAUGGAAGGUUCAAGGAUAUUUUCCAGGAGGUCUAUGAAGCUGAGUGGAGAUCCAAGUAUGAGGCUGCUGGGAUAUGGUAUGAGCACCGCCUCAUUGAUGACAUGGUAGCGUACGCGCUUAAGAGUGAAGGAGGGUAUGUAUGGGCUUGCAAGAAUUACGAUGGAGAUGUGCAAAGUGAUUUCUUGGCUCAAGGUUUUGGAUCAUUGGGUUUGAUGACUUCAGUACUGGUAUGCCCUGAUGGAAAGACUAUCGAAGCUGAAGCUGCCCAUGGUACCGUUACCCGUCAUUACCGUGUUCACCAGAAAGGAGGUGAAACCAGCACCAACAGCAUUGCCUCAAUCUUUGCGUGGACAAGAGGACUUGCACACAGGGCAAAGCUAGAUGACAAUGCUAGACUACUUGAUUUCACUCAGAAGCUUGAGGCUGCCUGCAUUGGAGCUGUUGAAUCUGGGAAGAUGACCAAGGACCUUGCCCUUCUUGUCCACGGAUCUUCAAACAUCACGAGAAGUCAUUACCUGAACACCGAAGAGUUCAUCGAUGCUGUUGCUGAUGAGCUCAGAUCAAGACUGGCAGCCAGCUCAAACUUAUGAAAUCCUUGCUGAAGUUCUGAUAUGCUUCCCUGCCCGAUGAUUGUGUCAUUUUGAUUAUGCCACCAUUUUCUUUCCUGCUGCCACCAUGCCGAACAGAACGCUGUAUCUGCAGCACCGUGGCAGAUCAUUGCCACUGAGAGGUUGUACUAGAUUCCGCUUUUCUGCAACUGGUAUACCUGAAUACCUGAUAUCUCAAUAAAGGAUAAAGAACUUGUGCCA